GAGAGUAGAAAGUACAGAGAGCCGGAGAGCGAGUCUGAAACAAGGAAAAGCUCUGAAGGAGAACAGCCACAGGUGGAGGCUGGAGGGAACCCUAAGCCAAAACUACAGGCUGGUCUUCAGGCUACAGAGCUGCCCAACUUAACAUCGCUGCUUGAAUGUGCUUUCAAAGUUGGACUUGAAAGCAGCCCACAGUUGCUGAGUAGCCUGGAGGAUUUGCCCCCAAAAGAACAGAACAGGUGACUUUGCAAAGCUGACUUUGAUAAUGGCGAAGAUGGUAAGAAGACAGUGUGCAUUUUGCCCAGAGGAUGAAGAGUGUGCCAUUAUGUAUGUUGCUGAAGAACAGAAUCUUGCAGUUCAUCAAGAUUGUUUGUUAUAUUCCUCAGGUUUUGCGGAAUCCGAAGAACAUAAUCCUGAGAAUCUUGAUAUACGGUUUGAUGUGACUUCAGUAGUGAGUGAAAUAAAGAGAGGAAAAAGGCUGAUGUGCAAUUUCUGUCGUAAGAAAGGAGCCACUGUUGGCUGCGAGAUAAAAAACUGUCGCAGAAGUUAUCAUUAUUUCUGUGCUCUGUGUGAUGAUGCUGCAAUAAAAACAGAUGAAAUACAAGGCACUUACCGAGUGUUCUGUCCAAACCAUGACCCAGUCAAGAAGACCAGUAUUUAUGGAACCCAAGGCGGCAUACAUAAUCCUCCUUCUUCUCUCCACUUUAUCCUCACAACAGCAAACUUAUCAGAUGAAGACAAUAAGAGGGGAAGGGCCCCAAUCCUAAUGAAAUCAUCUUCCACUAGAAAAAAAAUGAGUAAUAAGGAAACAGUUGCAGAGGAGAACCUACAAGUCCUCAGGAGAAAACAUGACCGAUAUAAAGUACGGACCGACUUUUUAAGGAAGUGUAAGCAGGCUGGGCUUCUUGAUGAAAUCUUUGAGGAAAUGUUAGACACUCUUCACCUGGCACAGGAAAAGCUGAUGGAUGACAGCACUUCAGAAGCAGAAUAUGAAGAAACAGUAAUAUCACUUUUUGACUGUGGCCUCUUUGAAAAUAUACUUACAGCUGCUCAUUCUGGGACAGAUGAAAAAAUUCAGGAGCUACUGAACACACGGAAAAGACUGGACACUCAAAUUGAGCUUCUGAAAGAUUUGAAAGAAGUAGUCCUUCCUGCCCCUGAGGAUGCAGCUAGUGCAUCUAACAGUAUCUCUGAAUAAAUUCCACCUUUCCACAAUGCUGGUUCCUUGAUUUCUCCCAACUGGUUACUUUUGUUCUAGCCAAGACACUUUUACCAUUUUAUUUUAAAGUUCAAAUUUGCUUUUGGACUGUUUUAUGUCGCUAAAUUUCUCUGUAAUCAUUGGGGGCUGGGAUGGCACUGCAUAAACAUAACCCAGCAACUGCUUUCUGGAUCAUGGCUCAUUUCCUUUUGCAUAGAUCAGAAUGGAGAAGGAAUUGGAUGGAUUUUCCAUAUGUGGCUUCAUUUGCAGAAGCUGCUAUUGACAAACCAGUUCCAGAGUCACUGUGGACAUGGACAUUCAUUAUACACUCUUCUAAGAGAGAAACUGCUAAAAUCUAUUUCAAGAAGUUUGCAUUUGAGCCUCUAGCAAAACAUUCAAACGGUGGUGCUUUAUAAUUGCCAACUACUUUCAGUUUACAUUUUAAAUCAGUGGUUGCUCCUCCAAGACACACAGACAGGAUUUUAACCACAAUGAAACCAUAAUAUGGUCAGGUAGUUGUAACUGCUUACGAGGCCAGAUAUUAGCUGUUUACAGAGAUCUCAGGAGGGUUUGAUCGUCAUCAUGUGCAAAUGUGUAAGAGAAACAUGCUUUAAAACUAGCAUUUUUGUGUUUUUAAGAAUAUUAAAACUGUUUGCAAUUGUUUACAGAAUUGUAAAUAAUUGUUUUAAUAAAAACAUGUUUUUGUAAUAGAA